AUGGAGCUGCAUAUGGGUUACCAGUGUAUCUGCCUGCCUGGUUGGGAGGGACCAUUUUGUGAAUCUGAAUCUAAUGAGUGUAAUUCUGCCCCAUGUAAGAACAGUGGAACUUGCAUUGAUCUCUUCAAUGACUUUCGAUGUGUGUGCACAGCAGGCUGGACAGGACAACAGUGCAAUGAAGAUAUAAAUGAAUGUGAUUCAGCACCAUGCUUGAAUGGAGCAACCUGCUAUGAGUCCACUGUCCAUGGUCAAUUCCUCUGUGCUUGCCCUCCAUUUUAUAUUGGGAAAAAAUGCCAGUAUCGGUAUAAUCCAUGUGAUGCUCCCUACAAUCCAUGUAGAAACAAUGCUACUUGUUUGGCAAAGGUUGAUGGGAAGCCAUUAUGCAUCUGUCAAAAAGGAUUUGAAGGUACUUACUGUGAAAUUGACAAUAAUGAAUGCAUCUCCAAUCCAUGUAAGAAUCAAGGUCACUGUGUGGAUGGGGUAAACAGUUAUAGGUGCUUUUGCAGAGAUGGCUUUUCUGGGACACUGUGUGAAGGGGAGAUUAACGAGUGUCUAUCAAGUCCCUGUGCAAAUAGUGGAACAUGCAUAGAUCUUAUAAACAGGUUCCUUUGCAACUGCCCAGUUGGCUUCUAUGGGGCAUUCUGUGAACUGGAUAUAAAUGAGUGUGAAAUCGUUCCUUGUUUGCAUGGAGGAAGUUGCUUCAACAAGCCUGGAGGCUACCAGUGUAUUUGUGAUUCUGGUUUCACAGGUAACCAGUGUGAAGUGGAUAUAGAUGAGUGUGCCUCAGCACCUUGCCUCAACAAUGGAACCUGUGUUGAUCAUAUCAACUAUUACAAGUGUUAUUGCCAACGUGGGUUUAUUGGCAUAAAAUGUGAAACAAAUACUGAUGAAUGUUCCUCAACACCUUGUCUUCAUGGAAGGUGCAUUGAUCUCAUAGAUGGAUAUCGAUGCAGCUGUGAUGCUGGAUGGACCAGCUCAAGAUGUGAACUUGAUAUUGAUGAAUGUGAAUCAUCCCCCUGCCUUAAUGGUGGCUCUUGUCAAGAUCUAGUCAAUUCACUUGAGUGCAUUUGCUUGAGUGGAUACACAGGUGAAUUUUGCGAAGUUGAUAUUGACAUUUGCACUGAACUGCUUCUGAAGUCAUCCCUCUGCUUCAAUGGAGGUAAAUGCAUUGACGGUCCUGGAAGAACCUUUUACUGCAGAUGCCUCGGUGGAUUUUCUGGCCCGUUUUGUGAAAUAGACCUGAAUGAGUGCAGCUCUUCUCCUUGUCUACAUGACUCAGUCUGUGAAGACCUUAUUAAUGGAUACUUCUGCAGAUGUCAGAAAGGUUGGGAAGGCUUCAGUUGUGAAGAGGAUAUCAAUGAAUGUGCAUCUAACCCUUGUGUACAUGGGAUAUGCAUCCAGAGAGAACCAGGCCUGGGUUAUACCUGUUAUUGCACAUCUGGAUUUGUGGGUGAACACUGUGAGCUUAACUACAAUGAUUGCUUAAUGAAGACCUGCCCUGCUGGGUUUCUCUGUGUGGAUGGAAUAAAUAGUAUCUCCUGUUUACCUGAGCCCCCAGAUAGAGGUCAAAAUACCUCCAGUAUGGAAGGGGUAUCUCCAACUGAACCACUGCAGAAAGGCCUCUCACAAGCCCAGCCAAGCCACUUGACUGCUGAUAUUUCUGGUUCUCAAACAUUCACAGUUGGUUUACAGACUACACUUGGAACAGUCAACCUCCUCAGUGAUAUAGUGAAUAGCUGCCAUAGCAAAGAAUAAAGCAGUAACCUACCAACCCACUUCCAAUGGACUCUGGACAAAUGGAGCCAGAAAUUAAUAGCCACAAUAUUAUCAAUGUCAGUAAUGAUCUCCACCUCUAUAAGCUACCAGUUUUCAGUAACUGAUUUUAGCUAUAUCCGGUACCAGGGGAAUUCUUACAUGGAAUUGAGAGGGAUUACUUUGCAUCAACACAAUAGCAUCAGUUUACAAUUCCAGACCUCUGGCUUCCACGGCGUCCUUCUCUAUAUUGAACAGAACCCAACAACAACAGGCAAUUUCAUUAUUCAGCUUUCUGUCAAGCAGGGUAUCUUAGAGUACCAGUUCAUAUGCGAUAGUGGAGAUGAGAUUGAAAAGAUAAAUACUGAUAUCAGAGUGGAUGAUGGACAGAAAUAUAAAGUGCAUAUUUGGCAAGAUUUGGAAACAUGUGAGGCUGCUGUGACUGUCCUGGGAAUUACUGUGAAAAGGCACAUUUCUGGCAAUCACUGGUCAUCUCUCAUUUGGCAGCCAACAGGACCAAUAUUUAUAGGCGGCUUACCUCAUCGCUAUGCAACAAACCAGGUAGCUGGAUCCAUCUGUAAUUUUACUGGCUGCAUAGAAGUUACAGGAAUCAAUAAUCUGGGACCUUACACCUUUCCUAAUGCUGUGGAUAAAAACAAUAUUGACAGCUGCAGAUUUCCUACCUCUGAAAAAAAUGCUGCAGCACUCUUGGGUCCCAGCCCUGAACCCUCUGAUGCACUCAAGGUAACUUUGACAUCAACUGCUCUCCCAGCAUUAUUCUCAGCCUGCCAAGAGGGGUUGUGUCGUAAUGGAGGACGUUGCCACCAAAUUAAUCUUCCUGAUGGCAUGGCCUCAUUUCAGUGUGACUGCGCUCUUCAUUUCACUGGGCGUUUCUGCGAAAAAGAUACUACAUUAUUCUUUCCAUCAUUCAGUGGAAACUCCUAUUUAGAGCUACCUUCACUAUCAUCUCUGUUGGAGAAUAGAUUUGCAUCAGGGCAAGAAUGGAACAGAGUGACAAUCUACUUGACAGUGAAGACAACGGCUUUAAAUGGCACUCUUCUUUAUGCUAGUGAUGAAUAUGUAGAAGAACAUUUCCUUCAUCUUUACCUUAUGGAUGGGAAGCCAACUGUUCAGUUUGGCUGUGGCCCUUCUCCGAACAUUUUGACAGUGACUGCCAAUCACUCCAUUAACAGGGAUGUCCUUGUACCGAUCACACUAAGCUAUAUGUUGUCUUUUGGCAGUCCUGAAGGUUACUGCCUGAUUGAAAUGACGGCAAAUGAAAUUUCUUCUGCGCAUCAGAGGAUCUCUCUGCCAUCACAAACGACUCAGGUUACCUUUGGGCCAAUAUUCCUCGGAAAUGUCCCCUCUCAUCGCAUGAACAUUCACCCAAGCGCUGGGCAGAUUUAUGGCUUCAGAGGCUGCAUCAGAGAGUUCCAAGUCAACACCCAAGAACUCUUCAUUAUACAGGAGGCACUGGGAGGACAGAACAUUGAGAACUGCAAUGUUCCAGUCUGUGAUUAUCAUCCAUGCCGCAAUGGUGGUACUUGCAUUAGUGACACAGAGAACUGGUUCUGUGAAUGCCCUCCUGUCUACUCUGGAAAAUUAUGUCAGUUUUCAAACUGUGAGGAGAAUCCAUGUGGAAAUGGAGCAACUUGUUCUCCUAAAUCCAACCAGGACAUUGUGUGCCUCUGUCCAUAUGGAAGAACCGGAAUUUUUUGUAAUGAUGCCAUUAAUAUUACCUAUCCCAGCUUCGGUGGAACAGAUGCUUUCGGUUAUACCUCAUUCCUAGCAUAUUCAGCAAUUCCAAACAUCAGCCUGUACUAUGAAAUCCGCCUGAAAUUUCAGCUGGCAAACCACAAUUCAUCACUACAAGACAAUCUGAUCUUUUUUACUGGUCAGAAGGGCCAAGGUCUUAAUGGUGAUGAUUUCCUAGUGCUAGGUCUGAGAAAUGGUACCGUGGUAUACAGUUACAACUUGGGAUCCGGAAUUGCGACUAUUACUAGUGAGCAGCUUGACCUGACACGUCACAUUCACACGGUCAGUCUUGGCAGAUUGCUUAGAAAUGGCUGGAUGAAGGUGGACGAUCAAAAAAACCAAACAGUUAUAUCACCAGGAAAGUUGACUGGACUCACUGUUUUUAGUCAGUUUUAUGUAGGAGGUUACAUCGAAUAUAUUCCAGAAUUCUUACCAAAUGGAUCCAGUUUUAAGAAUGGCUUUCAAGGUUGCAUUUUUGACCUCCAAGUCAUUGCUGGGAAGGAUCAGGAGUUUAAAGCACCAGGAAUUCCAGAAGGACAUCCUAACAUUGGUCGCAAUGUAGGACAGUGUGAAGUGUCUCCAUGCCAACUGAUAACAUGCAGAAAUGGAGGGACGUGUAUAGAAAGUGGCUCUGCACUAUACUGUCAUUGCCCUUUUGGUUGGAAAGGGGCUUUCUGCACAGAGGUAAUUUCAGUGUGUGAUCCUGAGCACAACCCACCCCAUAGGUGCAAGCAAGGUUCUACCUGCAUCCCUCUGCCUGAUGGAUAUACCUGCCACUGCUCACUGGGAAGCACGGGAGCACACUGUGAACAAGCCUUAACCAUAAGUGAUGCAUCAUUCAGUAACAGCAAAUCUUCUUGGAUGUCAUUUGAGCCCUUCAACAUUCGACACAAGGUUCACAUCCAGUUGCAAUUCCAAACAUUUUCAGGAAAUGGCAUCCUCUUUUACACUGCUCAGCACCUGAGCCCACGAUCAGGUGACUUCCUAAGUAUCACCUUGGUAAAUGGAUAUGUACAACUACGUUACAACCUUGGGGACAGAACAGUAGUUUUACAGACAUUUCAACCUGUACACAGCACAAAUAAGACUUGGCUUUUAAUUAAAGCAGGAAGAGUUGGUAACGAAGGCUACUUGGAUCUUGAUGGAAUCAAUAUAACUCAAAAAGCUACCAACAGCAUGACUUCCUUAGAUACACAAACUGAUUUCUAUGUAGGAGGAUUACCUUCCUUAAAUCUGAUUAAUCCCAGGGCAAUUAAGGAUGAGCCCACUGGCUUUACUGGCUGCAUUCGAGAGAUCCUUGUCAAUAGCAAAGAAUUAAAACUCACUGAGAAAGGAGCUAAAGGUGGUUCCAAUGUAGGUGACUGUGAUGGAACUCCUUGUGGGUACAGAGUAUGCAAAAAUGACGGGAAAUGUAAAGUUGUAGAGUCGGGUUUUUCUUGCUUGUGCCCUAAGCAAUGGAUGGGGAAGACAUGUGAGCAGUCUAUUCAUUGUUCACAUAGUAAGUGUCUACAUGGAAGUGUUUGUAUACAUAACCCUGUUUUAUUUUCAUAUACAUGUGCAUGUAAACUUGGCUGGACAGGCCUAUGGUGUGAAAAACAGCUCUCAUUUUUUAUUGCAAAGUUUAUAGGCAAUUCAUAUAUCAAGUACACAGAUCCCAGUUAUGAAAAAAGAGAUCUCAGAUUUACUAUGUUAUCUUUAAAUUUUACCACCACUCAAAUGGAUGGUUUACUUGUUUGGUUAGGAAAGGCAGAGGAUGAAGAUAAUGAUUUCCUUGCAGUAGGACUUGAGAACGGAAUGCUGAAAGUUGUAGUUAACCUAGGGGAAAGAAUUGCUGUCCCUCUUAUUCACCGCAGACAGACACUAUGCUGCAAACAAUGGUAUUUUGUUGCCAUUGUACAAAACAGGACUCUCAUUAAAGUAUAUCUUGAUGAGGAACUCGUUCUUUUUGAAGAUCUGGAUCCACAAAGAAAAUAUACUGUUCUAAAUUAUGGAGGCAUUUGCUAUUUUGGAGGGUUUGGACUUGAUAGGAGAGUAAGUACUGUCACCUCAGGGCUAUUUAAGCAAGAACUAGUUGGUAAAAUUAAGGAUGUUGCUCUUUUUCAGGAUUCAAAAAAAAUAAAUCUAAUUAAGGGACAAGGAUAUAAUGUAUAUAGUGGCGAUAAGGAGUAACUAAGUAACA